AUGAAGUCAAUUGCAGCUCUUCUUGUCUGUCUUGCCGUCCCCUGUCUUGGUGGUCAAGCGCCAUGGGGUCAGCUUCCUCUAAGCGUUACUAUCGCCGUCCAACCAACACAACUCAGCAUCCCGCGGAGAGUGGUCAAAAGCUUCGAAAAAGAAAUUUCUCAUCAGAGAGAUUUUCAAAUCACUUGGGAGAACUCGCAGACCGACCGUCGAUUUGGUGUGGACCACGAAUGGAUGAGCACGGCUCUGCAGCAUUGGCGCGACAAGUUUUCAUGGAAAGAUGUUGAAGCGAGCACCAACCGACAUCCUCAUUUCAUGACCAAUAUCACUAUCGACACCACGGAACUACAAAUUCACUUCAUGGCUAUCUUCUCCAAGAAGACGGACGCCAUCCCCAUUGCCUUCUUCCACGGCUGGCCAGGCAGUUUCCUCGAGUUCAUGGACAUAUUCGACAUUGUCAAGUCACGAUACGAUCCAGAGUCUAGUCCAUAUCACUUGAUCGCUCCAUCACUCCCCGGAUUCACUUUUUCAAAUGGUCCGCCUAUCGACUCAAAUUGGGGCAUUGCCAAUACAUCUGCCGUGAUGGACACUCUGCUUCAGGGUCUUGGAUUUGGCAAGGGUUAUGUGGCUCAAGGAGGUGACAUUGGAUCUUUCGUUGCCCAAACCCUCGCUUUAUCAUCAUCCAGUUGCAAAGCGGUGCACCUCAACUUUAUUCCCAGUGUUCAGCCACCGAGUGUGCCAGACCCUCAGAACGACACAUCACUUACACCCCAAGAUCGGCAAGUCUUGGCUCGAUCACAAGAAUUCGUCAACACAAAGCAAGCUUACGCUCUGGAGCAAGGCACCCGGCCAGCAACGCUUGGCUUCGUCUUGAGUCACAAUCCCGUCGGUCUCUUGGCUUGGAUCGGAGAGAAAUUUCUCGCAUGGACCGACCCAUCAAGAACUUUGUCACUGGACCAGAUCCUCACGCACAUCUCAACAUAUCAUCUCACUCAAACCAUCUCACGAAGCUUCUACGCCUACCGCGAGACUUCUUAUUCUUUAUAUCCCGAACCUGCUGUAGCGCCUCGUAUCGAAAAACCUAUGGGAUACAGCCGGUUCCCCUAUGACAAUUCUGGAGUGCCAGAGUCUUGGGCUAAAGAGGUUGGGAACUUGGUCUUUUACAAGGCGCAUGAGCGCGGUGGACAUUUUCUGGCCUUGGAGUACCCUGAGGUGUUGUGGGAGGAUGUGGAAUCGUUUGUGCAGCAGACAUUCCCAGACUCGACUAUGUAA